CAUUCAGAUUAUCGAAACUUACUGCUCCGCAAAAUUAUUUUCGAAAAAUAGAAGGAAAAAAUUUAUGGGCUCACUGGAGCCCAAGCCACCAGUCCUUACAGUACGUCCCCUUGGGACUACGGCCCAUCUCAACCUCCAGCCUUAACUGGGCCCGGAGAAAGAAAAAGACCAAAUAACAAUUGGCCCACAAUGAUGGCCUGGGAACAUUCAGAUAUCAAUCAGCUCCUUCGAAAUCCACGCUGCUUUUUUUUUCAGCGCUCAGAACGGCGGAUCACCAGCUGGUCAAACCAGUCAACAUACGCCGGCGGCCCGCCCGCCCGCAUAUCCUUUGUCGGGUGCGCUUUCCAAAACAAGGCAGCCUUAAUUCACCCGCCGCCUUCGUCCACCUAGUACACCCCCAAUCAACGGUCCAAGUCACUGUCCAAGAACGCGCGCGCCAGUUCGCCACUAGCGCAAACAAUAGCCGCCCCAAUUCCCCACCUAGUACAAAUCCCAUCCUAGUACAAAUCACAGGCGAUUUUUGUGCAUUCCAAUCUCAAAAAACAUCUAUGCACUCACCGAUCACCAGUUCGCUUCCCGGAGAAACACAAGUCCGUGAUGGCCACUCCCGAGCACGACCUCGACCAGCGCUACUACGGCCCGACCAUCCCUCCAAACGACCCCGCCGCCGGCAAAGACGCCAAGCCCGUACAGCGUGGCCUCCCCUGCCUUGCCGUCGCCGAUCCGUACGGGCUCCUCUGCAGGGCCUUCCGCGUGCUGACACUCGCGCUCAUCGGCGUCGGCAUCGUGGUGCUCGUGCUCUGGCUCGCCUUCCAGCCGGACACCCUCAAGGCCACCGUCGACUCCGCGAACCUCACCCGCUUCGACCUCGCCGCGUCCAGCAUUGACGGGGGCACGCAGACGCAGACGCUGCGGUACAACCUCACCGUGGCCCUGAGCGUGCGCAACCCGAACCGGAGGCAGGCCGUGGUGUACCGGCGCCUGGAGGCGGUGGCGCUCUACGGCGGCGAGCCGUUCGGGUACGCGUGGCUCCCGCGGAUGCGGCAGGCGCGGAAGAGCACCAUGGUGGUGAGGCCGAGCUUCGACGGCCAGAUCGUCAUCAGCCCCGAUGUCGCCGGCGGCGCCGCGGCGGCGUUCGCGAGGGAGAAGGCGGAGGGGUUCUUCAACGUCAACGUCAAGCUCCACGCCAGGGCGCGCUUGAGGGUGGUCAUCGUGAACAGCGUCGAGUACAGCCCGGACGUGGAUUGCUACAUCAGGGUUCCCGACCCCGGCAACGCUACGGCGGUGGCGCAGGGGUUUGCGGCGACGGGGUGCCAUGUCGACAUCUUCUCCUGACUGAUUGAAGGAAGCAUGCGUAUCCCGUUUCAGAAUUUCGCUGGUUUUAUUUUGCGCUGUUCUUCAGUUUACAUGAUAAAAAAAAAUUGUUCUUGUUGUA